UAGUUACAGAGGAAGGGUAUAGAGAGUAUCAUAAACACAAACAAUCGCUCGACGCUUGAUCGCGUGGCCUUUGCUUCGUUGGCUCUGCAUCGGUUCUCUGCAUUACCGCGUUCCGUUGCAUCGGCAGCAACAGCGCUGUGGCGACCAGGCGGCCUGAAGCAUUCUGUCAAACGUCAUUAACUGGCCGUGCCAAAGAGUAUAUGGGCCGUGCCGUAAACAGACGAUUGGACACAUUGCACAAGUGCAAAAGCCUCAAAAGUGUGUUAUUUUAAUACUGUGAUGAAGUUUUCAGACAGUGUGAAUAUAAAAGGUUAUUUUAUUAACUCACAAUUACGUCAGUUACUUCAAAUAUUGCAUAACUGUUCUAAAUGAAAGCGUGUCUCAAUCAUUCAUGAAUUUCAUUAGGCUGAUCACAUAUUGACCUAGGGGAUGGUGGUCGUUUUAACCUGCUUUUUGUUAUUCAUUGGGAUUAUAAAAAAACAUUGACUUGGUGAACAAUCUCGAAGUGAAUUUUCUAAUGAAAACACUUAUUGUCAUCUACAAGUGAAAUUAUUAAAAUGGGAGGACCCAAAAAAUACAAGAAAGACGAAAACUCCAAGAAAUGGAAAAAACGAAAAAGGGAUGAUGAUGAGUAUGCAUAUGAAGACGAUGGAGAUAUUGGAGAAGCAGAAGGAGUUCCUGAUGCUGCUAAAAAGAAUGUAGAAGAAGAGCAAGCUGCUCUUGAAGAUGAGUAUGGAGCCAAAGAUUAUCGAUCUCAAAUGAACUUAAAAUUAGACCACGCUUCAAGACCCUUGUGGGUGGCACCAAAUGGCCAUAUUUUUUUGGAGUCGUUUUCUCCUGUGUACAAACAUGCUCAUGACUUUCUUAUAGCCAUAUCAGAACCAGUGUGUAGACCAGAGUUCAUCCAUGAAUACAAGCUUACUGCUUAUUCACUUUAUGCUGCAGUGAGUGUUGGUCUCCAAACACAUGACAUUGUUGAGUAUUUGAAACGCCUUAGUAAAACCACCAUUCCUGAUGGAAUCAUAGAAUUUAUUCAACUAUGCACUCUGUCUUAUGGAAAGGUUAAACUUGUAUUAAAGCAUAAUCGUUAUUUUGUUGAAUCACCACACCCAGAAGUUCUGCAAAAGUUAUUAAAAGAUCCUGUCAUACAGGAAUGUAGGCUUCGCAGAACUGAAGAAGGUACAGAAAAUGCUGAUGAAUUGAUUACACAAGUUCAGGACAAGAAAGGCAUUCCUCAGUUUGGUAGUAAGGCAAGUUCAAGUGCUAAUGCGCAGAGUGCAACAGCUCCGGGAGCAACAAAUGGGACUGCUGAGGGCCAGGACAACCAGCAGCCGGCAGUACCAGAAGACAUUACUAAUUUUUAUGACAAGAUAGAUAAAGAAGAUGAAGAUGAUGAAGAAGAAGCUGUUUUGAAGACUGUCUCAUUUGAAGUCAAUCAAGAAAAAAUUGAAAUCAUUCAGAAGAGAUGUAUAGAAUUGGAGCAUCCUUUAUUAGCUGAGUAUGAUUUCAGAAAUGACACUGUAAAUCCAGAUAUCAACAUUGAUUUAAAACCUUCAGCGGUGCUUCGACCCUAUCAAGAAAAGAGUUUAAGGAAGAUGUUUGGGAAUGGUCGUGCUCGAUCAGGAGUUAUUGUUCUACCUUGUGGAGCUGGAAAAAGUUUGGUUGGCGUCACUGCUUGCUGUACAGUACGGAAAAGAGCCUUAGUUUUAUGCAAUUCUGGUGUGUCUGUUGAACAGUGGAAACAGCAAUUCAAAAUGUGGUCAACAGCUGAUGAUAGCAUGAUUUGUAGAUUCACUUCUGAAGCCAAAGAUAAACCAAUGGGUUGUGGCAUACUUGUGACUACAUAUUCAAUGAUUACACACACACAGAAACGAUCUUGGGAAGCAGAGCAAACUAUGAAGUGGCUCCAGGAGCAGGAGUGGGGUAUUAUGGUUCUUGAUGAGGUACACACAAUUCCUGCAAAGAUGUUCCGGCGUGUAUUAACAAUUGUGCAGUCUCACUGCAAACUUGGAUUAACUGCAACAUUGUUGCGUGAAGAUGAUAAGAUAGCUGAUCUGAAUUUUCUAAUUGGUCCCAAGCUUUAUGAAGCUAACUGGUUGGAACUUCAGAAAAGAGGUUUUAUUGCUCGGGUACAGUGUGCUGAAGUUUGGUGCCCAAUGACCCCCGAAUUUUAUCGUGAAUAUCUCAAUUGUAAGACCAGUAAAAAAUUGUUGCUGUAUGUAAUGAAUCCUCAAAAAUUUCGGUGUACACAAUAUCUCAUACGAUAUCACGAGAGAAGAGGUGAUAAAAUAAUUGUUUUCUCUGAUAAUGUUUUUGCUUUGAAACAUUAUGCAAUAAAAAUGAAUAAACCAUACAUUUAUGGUCCCACAUCACAAAGUGAACGUAUUCAGAUUCUUCAGAACUUCAAAUUCAAUCCCAAAGUAAAUACUAUCUUUGUAAGUAAAGUUGCAGACACAUCAUUUGAUUUACCAGAAGCUAAUGUUCUUAUCCAAAUUUCAUCACAUGGAGGCUCAAGACGUCAAGAAGCUCAGCGUGCUAUUGCUGAAGAAUACAAUGCUUUCUUCUACACACUGGUUUCACAAGACACUAUGGAAAUGAGCUAUUCAAGGAAGAGACAGAGAUUCCUUGUAAAUCAGGGUUAUAGUUACAAGGUGAUCACUAAGUUGGCUGGAAUGGAGGAGGAGCCUGAUUUGCAAUAUAAAACUCGAGAGGAGCAAGCUCAGCUCCUACAGCAAGUGUUGGCAGCGAGUGACAUGGAUGCGGAUGAAGAACGCAUUCCAGGUGAAGGACCUCGUUCUGGACCUAUGGUACAUCGGAGAGUUGGACACAUGAGUUCUUUAUCUGGAGCUGAUGAUGCUGUGUAUUUGGAGUACAGAAAGUCUGCACACAGUGGUGUGAAACAUCCAUUAUUUAAGAAGUUUAGAGCUUAAUACUAUUUUUUGUAUUGUAACAAUAAACAUGUUAGAAUUGAAUUGUAAUACUUUUAUUUCACCCA